AUGGCAAUAUCCGUCUCUUCAAUCCAAAUCAAUGUGGUAAAGCUUGGAGCCAAUAGCGACGGUAGAACCGACUCCUCAAAGGCUUUCCUCAAAGCAUGGGAGUCGGCUUGCAGUUCACCAGGAUUAUCCACGAUCAAUGUGCCUAAAGGGAGAUACUUGAUCGGUUCCCUUAUUACAUUCUCAGGAGCUCAAUGCAAGUCAAGUGCUAUCACAUUCCGAAUUUAUGGAACUCUCGUGGCACCAACAAAUUAUUUUAAGCUUUCUAAAAAACAGAAUUGGAUAAUGUUUCAUAGAACAAACAGAGUUUCAAUCAUUGGCGGCACUCUUGACGCCAGAGGCUCCGGCUUGUGGGCUUGCAAGAACGCCGGAAAGGGAGGCUGUCCUACUGGCGUUACGUCACUGCAAUUCAGCAAUUCGAAGAAUGUGCUUGUGAGUGGUUUGACCUCAUUAGACAGUCAAAUGUUCCAUAUUGUUGUCCACGAGUGCAAUAAUGUGAAGCUACAAGGAACCAAAAUCAGAGCCAUCGAGGACAGCCCAAACACCGACGGAAUCCAUAUCUCCCAUUCUUCCAAUGUUAGAGUCAUGAAUGCGAAUAUCGGCACUGGAGACGACUGUGUCUCCAUUGGCCCCGGCUCCACCAACUUGUGGGUCCAAAACAUAACCUGCGGGCCUGGUCAUGGUAUCAGCAUUGGGAGCCUGGGACGGUUUUCGAAUGAACCCGGGGUACAAAAUAUUACUGUUUCAACAGCGACGUUUACUGGAACGCAAAACGGGGUGAGGAUAAAGACAUGGGCGAAGCCUAGCACUGGAUUUGUAAAAGGCGUUAUGUUCCAACACCUUAAAAUGGUAGAUGUUCAAAAUCCUGUAAUUAUCGAUCAACAAUACUGCAACGGAAAAAAGAACUGCCCUCACAUGGGUUCUGGAAUAAAGGUUAGUGACGUGACAUAUCAAGAUAUUCGCGGGACAUCUGCAUCGAAAGUGGCGGUCACUUUUAAAUGCAAUAAGGAUAAGCCAUGCAGUGGAAUAAAGAUGAGAGGCGUGACUGUGAAACACGGCGAUAGUAAGGCGGCGGUGAAAUCUGAGUGCGCUAAUGUGGUCGGAGUUAGUAUUGCCGGGGCAGGCUGCAAUAGUAAUUAG